GGCGAGCACAAGAAGAAGACGGGCAUCGUCACUGCAUCUCGACGUGCGUUCGCGGGCACCGCCAUUCACGGCCACUGUCCACGUCACAAGCAUCCCUUGGAAAAGAUCAAGGAAGAUGAUGUGCGGUGGCCCAAUGUCUUUGGUCCUCGACUGGAAUGUGAGAUGUGUAAGGCGGCUAAGAAGAAGGACAAGGCGUCGGCCGAGGCGGCAGAGGAUGGUAAACCCAAGCCGGUGGCCUUCGGAUGUGAGGACUGCAACUGGUAUGUCUGCGCAGAUUGUCAUGGAAAGAAGGGCGAGAAGCAGUGGCAGUGCAUGCUGCAGGUGGAUCUCCGCGAAGGCUUCGAGGUCCACCGCGAGUGGUUCGCCGUGGAUCACCUGCGGCUCUUCGCCGAAGCGGAAGAUGACAUGGAUUUGGAUGAUGAUGAUGAGAAGGAGGACGUGAACCUCGCCAAGAAGUUCUAUCCCGACCUGGUGGAGGGUCAGGUCAUCAAGGCGUCGUUGAGCUCCGCCGGGCGCUGGGGCUUCACCACGCGCUUCAUGUACGACGCCGUGGUGACCCGGUGCCAGGAGGAUGGAAGCUACGACGUGAAGUUCCACGAUCAGCUGCUGGGGGAGAAGAAAGGUCUCCCAAUCGAGGAGUUGGAAAGCCUCUUGACCUUCGAGGCCUCUGGACUGGGCUUGGAUCCCUCCAGGAACUUCUUUGACUUCCGGUUUAACAGCCUGCCACGGGGCGUCCAGACCAGUGGCAAUGGAGUGGAACUGAAACCGGCCGGUGAUUCAGGCGGCUCCAUCCUUUACAUGAAGCCAGCCUCGUAUCUCUCCAUGCCGUUGGAGGGUCUCGCCCCGGGCGGCGCUGGCUCCGGAGAGGACCACGUGAAGUACACCUUGAGCUUGGAGUUGAAGCUCCCUCUUCAGAGGUCUCAGCAUCCCGUGGCACUGGUGCAGGCGUCCUGGCCAGAAGUGUCAGGCUUGCCACAGCUGUCGGCGGUGGCGGACGCCUACGUUCCCGCGAGGGAGCUCAGAGCACACGAUGAGGUGCACCCGGCUGACCGGGACUACGCAGAGGCCGAGAAUCUGAGUCGGGCGGAGGGGGAGCGUCAGGAGCCACCCGAGCCGGGCACCACCUGGUCGUGGCACCUCCAGUUGGGCAACGUGGUGCUGAGCCGAUCGGAGCUGCGGCCGGGGAGGUGGCAUGAGAUCACAUUGGUGGUGAACUGCAAGGAGGGCCGUGCCUUUGUGACUGUGGACGGAAAGCAGGUCCGCGACGACCAGGGCGAGAGUUGGGUGGUCAUCGGUGAAGGUGCAGGCAAGUCACCCUUGGCCAUCAAGCGGGGCGGAUUCCUCCUCUUCGCUGCAGCGGAGGCCUCGUGGAUGCCGGGCGGAUGCUUCUUGCGACGGUGUUCGUUCCAGAGUGACUGCCUGUCAAUGAAGCAGCUCGAACAGGUGCGAUACCAAAACCGCUCGGCUUCGGCCAAGAUCCGUGACUAUCUCAAGGAGCAGCUUCCUCAGCAGGAACUCUCCUUGACGCCGAUCCUUCGCCGGAAAGCCAUGCCUCUGUGGCGCUCGGAUUGGUUCUUGGCGGAGUUCGGACAGAAUGUCUACCCAUCGGACUCCGGGGCUCCGCUCACGACCUUCCAGGUCUUCAUCCUGGCGGCCGAGAAGAUCUUCCAGGUACACUCUUCCUACCUUCCGGCAUUCUGGGUUGGAUCGGGUGGCAUUUGCUCCAUUUUGCUGCUCCUGCUCAUCGGCUUCUCCCCUUUCGAUUCUCCACAGCACGAUACCUCGCCGUCGCCGGCGAGCAUCGUGGGGUUGAUGAGCGAGACCAUGCAGAAGGAGCGGGAGCGGGAGUCGGAGCAAUGUCCGAAGUGUUCUUCAUCUCCCAAAGAUCAGAGAACUGGAGAAAUGGGAGAGGGACGAGGGGUGAAGGAUGCAGCAGGCACGGUCGCCCUCAUCAAGGCCUCGAACGAGGAUCUGGACAGCCUGAAAGAUUUCAUCCUCAAUGCGUCCGAUGAGGGUUUGCUGUGCCUCACCGGCGCGGGCUUCUCGACGGAGAGUGGGAUACCAGACUACAGGAGCCCUGAAGGAUCCUAUUCCAAGGGCCAUAAGCCCAUGACUCACCAAGAGUUUGUUUCCAGCGCUGUGAACCGCAAGCGCUACUGGGCUCGCUCGCUGCGUGGCUGGCGUUUCUUCGACCAAGCGCAACCCAACGUGGCGCACCGUGCGUUGGGAAAGCUGGAACAACAAGGCUAUGUGCGGACGGUGGUGACGCAAAACGUGGAUGGGCUUCAUCAGAAGGGCGGCUCGACAAAGGUCAUCGAGCUGCAUGGUCGCAACGAUGAGGUUCAGUGCCUCAGCUGCUUUCGCUCCAGGCGACGUUCCGGCUACCAGGAAGAACUGGAAACCGUGAACUCCGAGUGGAUGGAUCAUUUCCUGCCACGGCACGGCCAGAUUGACGUCAGGGCCGACGGCGACGCGGAGCUCCAGGUGCAGAGCUUCGAGGCCUUCCACGUGCCGAGCUGCGACGCCUGCGGCGGCGUUUGGAAGCCGAAGGUGGUCUUUUUUGGCGGCGCACUGGAGGAGUCCGUCAAAGGUGCGGCACGUGAAGCUGUGGAGACCUCCGGCGCGCUGCUGGUGAUGGGCUCCUCACUGCAGGUGUGUGGAGCGGGGGGAUGGGGACUGCAGCACUGCAUGGCAUGUGUCCUUUUUGAAGACUUGGUCCAAAACCUCCCCGUGGGCUCGAUUUGGCUCCUAGCUACCAAUUCAACAUGGAGCCUGAAGAAGCAAGAGCACAACGCCUCCCGCCAAACCUAUUGGCACUCACAGGUCUUUAGCGCCUUCUCCUUGGUGAAGGAGGCAGCAGCGCUCCAGAAGCCCUUGGCCAUCCUCAACAUCGGUCCUACCCGUGCAGACCCACAGCAGUCCAGGUGGUUGACGUGGCGGAGGGAGUGGCGCUGUGGAGAGACCUUGGAAGAGAUCUGCCGGCGGCUGAGAGCCGCGGAGCCGCUCUACCGGCGUUUGAACAACUGCUUCGAAUCUCCGGAACCUCAGGUGAUCGUCUUCUACCUGAAGGCUGUGAAACAGCUGCGAAGCAAGAUGGCCAAUGUGGGAGAUGCCUCGAGCUCAGAGGGGAGAUGCCAAGAGUUCCGGAUGGUUCCGUGGAAAGAUGCCAAGAGCUCGUGGUGGAAAGACUCAGACGUCCAAGGCCUGCAUCAUCCCGUUGGCGCUCGGCAACGCCAUUGCGCGCCUUGCUACCGGAUGACCAUUUGCAACGGCGGGGAUGGCACCAUCUACCACCGGCAGUCCGCGCGAAGCCCGCCAAAGCUGAAGUAUCAGACAUGCAUGAUCUUCGAUGGCAUUCCCUGCGAACGCGCGGAGGACGAAGCUUUCUGGACCACGAUGGUCACCGCGUGUCUCAUCUCCUCCGAGAAGGCACCGGAAGAGCUCUUCUACGACACCUUCCUGCCCUACCUGAUGAACACUCCUGCCGUGGUGGAUGUGCUCUACCCCAAGAAGCCUCCGGCUUCGGGGGUGGAGGCUCCAGAGACGGACUUCCACUCGGUGCCCCAGGUCUUUGGGCCUUGGCGCAGCUUGACAUUGCUUUGGAAGCAUUUGUUGAGGACUCGUGCGGGCCUCUCCAAGCAGCAGGUGAAGUGCUUGAAAUGGGAGCUCCGAGCGAGCCUGAUCUCCAUGAGCGUGCACGAUCUGAAAGCGUCCAAGGGCUUGGACACCACCGACGUGCGGCUCUUGAAGCUGGGCUGCGGCUCGAUGUCCUUCGCCGCGGUGCGCAACCACACCACGGCUACCGACAGCCGCCCGGACGAGGAUACCUUGAGUCUGCCCGCGAGCACGAAGUCUCUUUGGGAGUGCCGUCGCCUGGUGGACGCGGUGGAGAUCCUUUGCGCACAGAAGCCCCGGACCUACGAAGGGCAAGAUGGAAGUGGAGAAUUCGCAAGCUAUCUUGACCUGGACACGGGGGAGGAGAAGAUGAGCCAGAGUGCCGUCUUUCCCUUCUUUGACCGCUUGCUCCGGCAGGAGGUCUUCCCUGGGCGUCCCAAGGGUGUCGCCGAGCAGCUGCCCAUCGACCUGCUGGCACUACCGGAGAAGGUGAGCUCCAUGACGGAGCUCUUCCGGACGCUGCGCAUCGCCGAGGAGAUCUGCCUGAAGCUCUCCUUCAUCAGUCGGGAACGGUGUGAAUAUGCGCCAUACCUGUUAGUUUGUCUUCAACAGCACCUCUUCACGAAGCUGCUGCCCUUGCCGCGUGGACCCUUCUCAUCGAAGUUGGAGGAGUGUGAUAUCUGGGGCGGCUGGGAUGGCUCGCACCCCACGGUGACGCGGCCCAUGCAGCUGGACAUGCUGCAGGUCUUGGGACGCCUCGUGGAGCUGUUCGUCUGCGCCUCUUUGGAGAUGCGUUGCAAGCAGCACACGGCGCGCACCUUUGACGCGGUCAAAAUCACGGUGUUGAGCGCCUGCGCCGCCAUGGCAGAUCGCAUCGUGAGGAUUUGGCCCAUGGACGACAGGCUCUUCAAGAGUGAGGAGAGGCCCUCGGAGCUCACGAAGGCCCUGCACGAAGGUCGUUUCGCCAUCGAUGCGGCGGCCUUCGUGACGCAGUCUGAAACCAUGGAGGCCUGCUUCCAGGAGUUGUCCAUCACCCGUGCGGCCAGCGUCGCUUACUUCCACGAGGUGACACAGCACUACAAGGCCAAGACGAAGAAACGACCGGCUUUGGCUCCCGCGACCGGUGGGGUCUGUGGUUGGGAGAAGGUGGCUGGAUGGCAGGUCUCGGUGCAGGUGAACUUGGACCGCCGGCGUACGGUGAUCUUUGACUAUGCCAUGCACAAGUGGGGCAUGUGGGUGGUAGGAGAGCGGGGCACCAUUGCGCUGGUGGAGCGCAUGGCGGCCACGAAGCUCUUGAUGGAUCCAAACCCACAGAAUUUGGUGAGUGGAAACAACGUCAUGAUGCCGCACAUUUGGCCCGAAUUCCGCGCCUAUCGAGACAUCGUCUUCUGGUGGAAGUACUUCCUCUGCACCGAUGUCCGCGUCUUCCCGGAGCCGCGCCAGUUCCACCCGGCCGAGGCCAUCGCCCGGUGGUCCGUGGCACAAGACGACGCCUGGGACAAAGGACGUCAGUACUUCAAAAUCACCGCCUUGGGAAAGGAGCGUUCAGACAACGUGGUGUGGCUCAACGAGCGCAAUCCCCCGCAGCCGCCGGCGUCCGGGCAUCGCUGGCCGUCGCCCGCGCUGCCGGCGAUGCACACCAAGGGUGAGGUGCGUACGGAAGAUGACCUGCUUUACCAGAGGUCGUUGCCGAACUUCGCGGACGAGAAGACGGGGCGCCCCAUGCUGCGGCCCUCGGACAGCGAGGCGCUCCUGUCGUAUCUCACGGUGCCCUACCUUCGUCAGCCUUUGCUGCUGAGCUUUUUCACCACACAGGAUCGCUCCAAUUGCCUGCGCCAGGGGACCUUACAGAAGAUCCUUCAAGCAACCAUGCUGGAGCCGGGGAGGCUGCUGUAUCCCGAAGAUAUGCAGAAGAUCCCCGAGUAUGUGCCGGCCAUCGCUGAAGAGGAACACUUAGUCGCCUCACCCUUCAGUCAGAUCUUGACAGAGCUGUCACACGGCCCCUCACAGAUCCUCACCGCUGUUGGAAAGCUGAUGGCCUUGACCUUGAGCUUGGCCACGUCGGUGACCUCCGAGACGGUGCCCGCCAUCCUCUUCGCCGUGCGCCUGGCCGUGCGCGUGGAAUCCGCCGCCGCGGUGCUCAUGGACCAUGCCGAGGGCCGUGUGGCGCGCGCGUGGCCGCGGCUCACGGUCACGCCACACGUCUUGGAGGACCGCUAUUCGGCUAGUGCCGACAAAAGGAAUUCAAGUCUCUAUAGUGCUUGA